CCCACGCCCGGCCCAACACCAAACCCUAGCCAGCGCCAGCGGCCCUUUCCUCUCAAGUCUCACGGCGGCGGCGGGUCGCCGGCAACGGGCGCAUAGGCCACAGCUAGGCGACGCCAAGCCGGGGCAGCUGCGGGCGAUGGGGGGCGGGGCCACCAGCAGCGCCGGCGCGGGCGGGUUCCGCGCGCGGGUCGAGCACUACCUGUACAGCGGCGAGAAGAAGCACGUCGUCGCCGGCAUCGCCAUCUUCGCCGCCAUCUUCGGCGUCCCCUGGUACCUCAUGAACCAAGGUUCAAAGCAUCAAUCUCACCAAGAUUACAUGGAAAGAGCUAACAAGGCGAGGUCAGAGAGACUUUCUUCUGGACAGUCAUCUUCAUCGAAAGAAUGAAAUAGUAAACCCUACCUCAGAUUUGCAAAACCUCAGCAGACAGUUUUGAUGAUCUGAGUAUUCAAUCCGUUCUGAAAUAAGCAGACUAUCUUUGAUCUUCAUAUUUCAGUUGUAGAAAAUCAUGUGUUGAAUGUAAUAUGUGGCCUGAAAUUUUGUCGAAUGCAGCUCUCUUUACAUUCUACACUGUUCUAUGCUAUCCUGUAAGGAGAUCAUCGACAGACACCUGAUAUUUCUCAGAGGACAAUUCUAGAGCCAAUAACCUUUGUAAUUUGUAUUCAAUUUGAUAUAUCCAUGCAUCGCUUAGUUGCUUACUGUGGGUGGCUAUAUAUCUUGUGCAUGU